CAUCCAGCUACCAUAUAAAUUGGAAUAGCAAUAAAAUUCAAAUGCCUAAAAUGGGCGACCUAUCUGAGCAGAGUACACCAAUGCGUACGCAAGUGCAAGCAACAAUAAUUCCUAAAAAUGCGAAGAUUUUUACAUUCAACCCUUGCCAAAGACAACCCAUUAAAAUUAUUAAGUGUGGGGUUCAAAAAAUUGAACCAGCAGACAAUACAACAGAAGUGAUAUCUCUUUUAAAAACGAUUUUAAACAAACAGGAAUCCAUUGACCAACGUAUGGAGCAAAUAGAAAAAAGUGUUUCCAAUACCAAAAUACUGAUAUCUAAAAAUAUUAACGAGAGAGACGAAAUUAUGGCUCGAAACCAGUUAAUACGCGAAUGUAAGGUGAAGGUGAAGAGGGAGCGUACCAUUGGCCGUACGCUUGAGCAAAUAGAAAAGAACAUUAUCAAUGAGAUUGCGGCCGGACUUCCUCUUGAUACAAUGGAUGCUAUUGCGGAAGUGGAGCUGAAAUUAAGUGGGAAACAAUAUAAUAAGUCAAUGGUCACGUGUCUUAAAAAGUUUAAGAAUGAAAGCGGCAGUGUCGAUAAAGUCCUUCGUCACGUUUUUUCCGACACAAUAAUUAAAAACUUUAAUUGGGAUGGUCGAUGGGGGAAAGAGGCACUUAGGUCUUUAAAAAUGGUUGACCAAAUUUUGUUUGAGUUGUACGCGUUUGAAGGACGAUGCGCUUUUGAGAAGCAAGUAAAAAAAUAUGUGGAACUUUCACACAAUCGUUUUAAGCAUAAAGUGAGACUAGCGAACAGAAUCAAACAACAGCAUGAAUUAUUGGGCUACCCGUAAAGGACAAACAAUAAACGAAAUUAGACGCAUCUGAACAUAAUUUUUUGGAAUUUCUCAAUUUUCCAUUAAAGUAAUCUAAUUAUCUUCUGCCGGAUAUUACUUAAAUUUAAUUGACAAACGCGUUCAUUUUCGUUUUCACUUCGAAUAUUUAAUUUUGAUUUUUGGAAAUUCUUUAUGCUUUUAUGUUUAAGUUGAAACAUAUAGUUUUUAGUG